CACUUUUGUGAGUUUAACGAUUUAAUCGGGUAAUAAACUCAACCUCAGUAACAAUUCCGAUUCGAUUUAGUGAGCAUGUUGGCCAGGGAGUACAUAAAAACUCUAAUUUUUUUGCAGACAUGAAAAACGCGUUACUGAUAAAACCAUAUAAAAUGGCUUUAUUUAUUAACGCCCAAAGUGCCCUGCCCAUUAUGUAAGUAUUGUUUCCUUCAAAAUCCAUUCAGUUAUGUAAGCCGUGAAGCACUUUAAUCAUGGGACAUGGGACACCCAGUUAUUACGAAAUUAUACGCUACACCAUUACAUUAUUUCUCCAUAAAAAAGUGGAAGACACUCUGUGCAGUCAUACAUAAAUAUGUAGUUGAAAGAGUUAUCCAAUAAAAACAAAGUAAUUACUGUCUAGUCUACCUAAAUCUUGUACGUAUGUGCAAAACGGUUCCACUACAAGUUAACUAGUCUAGUGGAAAGAAUUGGCAACAUUUUUUUGCCAGUCUUGUAAUAAAAAACUCCUUGAAAAAUGGGAUUUUUUAGUCAGCAUGUCCUGUUUCGGAUAAAAAAUGCGUUACUUACAAAAGCUUAUAAAAUGAAUUUACUCACGUUCGAAGUGCUCUGCGGGUUUUGUAUUGUGCCCUUAAAGAUAUCCUGGGAGGAGGAGAAGGUCGUCGAAGUGCGGGGAAAAUUGAGACGAACGGUGACCAAAUUACUGUACCUAAUUCAUUUGGGAAGGACGGUUCACUUUUUGGUGGGGUUUGGGUUGAGGAUGGCAGGGCUGCAGGUGGGGCCUUCGGGGAAGUAUGUCAUGACGGAUAAGCUGCUGGAUUAUGGAUGGUUGGGGCCCAUCAUGUGCACGAUCCUUUUCCGGUUUGAGUUGACGAGGAAGUCGAAAGAGACGGUGGACAUGAUGAACGAGGCGCAUAAGUUGGAAAGGGAGGCGGAGAAAGAGGGUUUGAAUACCGUCUACACGAAAGGGUUUUUCGGGAAGGCAUGGCAAGUCUAUACGUACUCCGCCUAUUCCUGCGUUUUCUCAGUCCCCUUGGCAGCGGGAAUGUUCUCAACGUUACAUCCCUGCGAACCCGCCUUCGUCUCGUGGCAGUUCCUCGCUUGUAAUUCGACCACGUGGACCCCAUCAACAGACCAGGAGCGGAGAAUUGUUUUUAUUUCUGGCGUGAUCGAGACCUUUUUCUGGUAUCAGAUCAUCUCUGUCGGAACCUUGGCGAAUUUGGCGACCAUGUUUUACCUGGCACUCUCACUAAAGACGUUCAUUCUCAGGGCGGCAAAAACCAAGAUUUCCUCUUUUAAUGAAGUAACGCUUCACUUUUACCGCCGCUACCAAGUGUACGAAACUCUGAUGAACUACUGUAUGUCACAUGUCAUCACACCCACCAUGAUUUGUGCCUGGACGUCCAUCCUGAUCAUGGGCUGGUACACAAUGCUUCGCUACUUUGGGCGGGUAUCCUUCGCCCUUUACACGAUCCACGCACAACUCGCUCUCAACGGGAUGAUUUGCCUCCUCACGGAAUUCAAAAGUGCCGAGGAUGCGUAUGACGCUUCGUUAAGCCUACUUUACAAUUGGCGCUACUCGAUCGGGGAAAGCGCCAAUUUCAAACUAUCGAAGCGAUGGUUGAAAAGCUGCGCCCCGCUGAAAGUGCGGAUCGGUGCGACCAGCUAUUUCGAAAGCAGUACACCGUUGAUUACAGGGAGCUUUUGUGUGCAACAAGUUAUAAAUUUGAUUAUGGCAGAGUCGAAAUAACAGGACAAUAAAAAUUGGAACAAAAUUCAAGGUUUUUUGUCUAUUUUUAUACGCAACUCUUUUUUGGUCAUUAAAUUAUCCACAUGUCUCAAAUUAUUUAAUAAAUCAACUUUCUUCUCAA